UUCAGCGGGUGUUGUGUUAAGCAGAGCUAGUCGGGGUUGUGAUGCGAACCAGCUCAUAGACAUUGCCGGAGUGUUGGAGUUCACACAGCAGUCUGGCCUGUUUUACUAAAAAGCGUUUGUGUCGGACUGCGCUUCCGCCAUGUUGAGCUGAUUCAAGUUGCGAGUGACUGCUGGGACUGAGGUGACAAGCCCCAGAACCAGACUAGAUAGAGUUUAGGGGGCUGUUACCGCGCCGGUGACGCAGGAAAAACACCCAGAAAGCGGAGGAAAAAACGCAGGAAUAAGAUUUUUCUAGUAACAGGUUUGGUACCCUGCGAAACUGCCACUGAUACAGGCCGCGUUUAUGUAAUAUACGACGACACAAUCGCUGGAGACUGGACGUAUCCCGUGAAUAGAGGGGGAAGUCGUAUCAAAUUCCUGGUUAUGCAAUGGUCUCAGCAGUACACCCAGAUCUCCAGGUGCUUGCGACCCUCUCUCGUGUGUUCGGGCUCUCUUCCCUCCGCUGUACAGCUGAGGUGGCUGUGAUUUCCCUCCUGGCCAGCGCUCCCUAAGAGGCCAAGAUUGCCAAGAUCUGCCCUGUGGCGAGCAUGACGGCCACCACGCGUGGCUCUCCGGUGGGGGGCAACGACAGUCAGGGCCAGGGCCAGGCACCUGAUGCUCAGAGCCAACCCCCACUGCCACAGAACCAGACUUCAUCUCCUAAUUCAUCUAAUGAGAACUCCCCCGUGAGCCCACCAGAUGAGCAGGGCCAGGGCGAAGGCCCCCCUCAGCUGGAAGAGGAAGAGCCUGCUUUUCCUCACACUGACUUGGCGAAGCUUGAUGACAUGAUUAACAGGCCUCGAUGGGUGGUUCCAGUUUUGCCAAAAGGAGAGUUAGAAGUCCUCUUGGAAGCUGCUAUAGACCUGAGUAAAAAAGGACUGGAUGUGAAAUGUGAGGCAUGUCAGAGGUUUUUCCGGGACGGUCUAACCAUUUCCUUCACAAAAAUCCUGACAGAUGAGGCAGUCAGUGGCUGGAAGUUUGAGAUACAUAGGUGUAUCAUUAAUAACACACACCGAUUGGUGGAGUUGUGUGUGGCCAAGCUGUCUCAGGACUGGUUCCCGCUACUGGAGUUGCUGGCCAUGGCCCUCAAUCCCCACUGCAAGUUCCACAUUUAUAACGGCACACGGCCUUCUGAGACCGUCCCCGCUGGAGCCCAGCUGGCCGACGAUGAGCUCUACGCUCGUCCGCCUGACCCGAGAUCUCCCAAGGGCUGGCUGGUUGAUUUAAUAAACAAAUUUGGCACGUUAAACGGGUUUCAAAUUUUGCACGACCGCUUCAUGAGCGGCCAAGCACUGAACGUCCAGAUCAUUGCUGCACUUAUCAAGCCUUUUGGCCAGUGUUAUGAGUUCCUCACGUUGCACACAGUAAAGAAGUACUUCCUUCCAGUCAUCGAGAUGGUUCCCCAGUUUCUAGAGAACCUCACAGACGAGGAGCUCAAGAAAGAGGCCAAGAAUGAAGCCAAAAACGACGCACUGUCAAUGAUAAUCAAGUCUCUGAAGAAUCUGGCUUCUCGUGUACCAGGGCAGGAGGAGACGGUCAAGAAUUUAGAGAUUUUUAGGUUAAAAAUGAUUCUUAGGUUAUUACAAAUUUCUUCUUUUAACGGCAAAAUGAAUGCACUAAACGAAGUUAACAAGGUGAUAUCCAGCGUCUCCUACUACACUCAUCGGCAUAACCCUGAGGAGGAGGAGUGGCUGACCGCAGAGCGCAUGGCGGAAUGGAUCCAGCAAAACCACAUCCUUUCUAUUGUGCUGAGGGACAGUUUGCAUCAGCCGCAGUAUGUCGAGAAGCUGGAGAAGAUCCUUCGCUUCGUUAUAAAAGAGAAAGCUCUUACCAUGCAGGACUUGGACAACAUCUGGGCUGCACAGGCUGGUAAGCACGAGGCUAUUGUGAAGAAUGUCCAUGAUCUCUUGGCCAAGCUGGCGUGGGACUUCUCACCCGAGCAGCUCGAUCAUCUUUUCGACUGCUUCAAGGCAAGCUGGACCAAUGCUAGCAAGAAGCAGCGUGAAAAACUGCUCGAGCUAAUCCGGCGCUUGGCCGAGGACGAUAAGGACGGUGUUAUGGCCCACAAGGUCCUCAACCUGCUCUGGAACCUGGCGCACAGCGACGACGUUCCUGUAGACAUCAUGGAUCAGGCUCUUAGUGCUCACAUCAAGAUAUUGGACUAUAGCUGCUCACAGGACAGAGACACGCAAAAGAUUCAGUGGAUUGAUCGCUUCAUAGAAGAGCUUCGUACCAAUGACAAGUGGGUUAUCCCUGCCUUGAAGCAAAUCAGGGAAAUCUGCAGCCUCUUUGGAGAAGCUCCUCAGAACCUGAGAAAGAAAAUGCCAAUUAACAUACAAACGAACUUAGUGAGUCAAACGCAGAGAAGCCCUCAUGUGUUUUACCGCCAUGACCUGAUCAACCAGCUGCAGCACAACCACGCUCUGGUCACCCUGGUGGCUGAGAAUCUCUCAGCCUACAUGGAGACAAUGAGGCAGCUGUCCAAAGAAGAGCAAGCAGAGUUUGACCCUCAAACAGUCAGACCGGGAAGCCGCUACAGUCAUGUCCAAGAAGUACAGGAGCGGCUUAACUUUCUGAGGUUCCUAUUAAAAGACGGCCAGCUGUGGCUGUGUGCUCCUCAGGCGAAGCAGAUAUGGAAGUGCCUGGCUGAGAACGCUGUGUUUCUGUGCGACCGUGAGGCCUGCUUCAAAUGGUACUCAAAGCUGAUGGGGGACGAGCCAGACCUAGACCCAGACAUCAACAAGGACUUCUUUGAGAACAAUGUGCUACAGUUGGAUCCGUCGCUUCUGACAGAGAACGGCAUGAAGUGCUUUGAGAGGUUCUUCAAGGCCGUCAACUGCAGGGAGGGCAAGCUGGUAGCGAAACGCAGGGCCUACAUGAUGGACGACCUGGAACUAAUUGGCUUGGACUACCUGUGGAGGGUGGUGAUUCAAGGAAGUGACGACAUUGCAAACCGAGCCAUAGACCUGCUGAAAGAAAUCUACACCAAUCUCGGACCAAAACUGCAAGUCAACCAGGUUGAGAUUCAUGAAGAUUUCAUCCAGUCUUGUUUCGACCGUCUGAAGGCGUCUUAUGACACCCUGUGUGUGUUAGAUGGAGACAAAGACAGCAUUAACUGUGCUCGGCAGGAGGCCAUCCGCAUGGUGCGGGUUCUCACUGUGCUUAAGGAAUACAUUAAUGAGUGCGACAGCGACUACCAUGAGGAGAGGACUAUACUGCCUAUGUCGAGAGCUUUCCGGGGCAAGCAUAUCACACUGAUCGUCCGUUUCCCGAACCAAGGACGUCAGGUGGAUGAUUUAGACAUCUGGUCACACACCAAUGACACCAUCGGUUCGGUCCGGCGGGGAAUCCUAAACAGGAUAAAGGCCAACGCCGCACACACGAAGAUUGAGCUGUUUAUUGGUGGGGAGAUCGUUGAUCCUGCUGAUGACAGGAAGCUGAUUGGACAGCUUAAUUUGAAGGACAAAACGCUGAUCACAGCCAAGCUGACCCAGGUGAGUGCCAACAUGCCCUCCAGCCCAGACAGCUCAUCCGACUCAUCCACUGGCUCCCCUGGUAACCACGGAAACCACUACAGUGAUGGGCCCAACCCAGAAGUUGAGAGCUGUCUUCCUGGUGUGAUUAUGUCGCUACACCCACGCUACAUCUCCUUUCUGUGGCAAGUAGCCGACCUCGGGUGCAACCUCAACAUGCCUCAACUAAGAGAUGGAGCUCGAGUUCUCAUGAAGCUCAUGCCUCCAGAUAACACCACAGUGGAGAAUCUUAGAGCUGUGUGUUUGGACCACGCCAAGCUAGGAGAGAACAGUCUGAGUCCGUCACUAGACUCCCGUUUCUUCGGCCCAUCACCUUCACAAGUGCUCUACCUCAUUGAGGUUGUGUAUGCUUUGCUGAUGCCAGCUAGUGCCACUCUGGGUGAGGAUGCUAGUGACUUCCAGUACAACUUCCUGAAGAGCGGCGGUCUGCCACUGGUGCUAAGCAUGCUCACCAGGAACAACUUCCUCCCGUCUGCGGACAUGGAGACGCGCCGAGGCGCUUACCUCAAUGCUCUGAAGAUCGCCAAGCUCCUCCUGACUGCGGUCGGCUUCGGCCACGUGAAGGCUGUGGCCGAGGCCUGCCAACCCAACGCUGACGGAAAUAUUCCCGUCUCUCCGAUAAAUCAGGCGACUCACGACCAGGCGCUGGUUCUUCAAAGUGCCCUGCAAAACAUUCCCAACCCUACCUCUGAAUGUAUGUUGCGCAAUGUAGCUAUCCGCCUGGCCCAGCAGAUUUCUGAUGAGGCAUCGAAGUACAUCCCAGACAUUUGCGUGAUCCGAGCAGUGCAGAAAAUCGUGUGGGCAUCGGGUUGUGGCACAGUGCAGCUGGUAUUUAGUAAUAAUGAUGAAAUCAGUAAAAUAUACGAGAAGACUAAUGCAGCCAAGGAGCCGGAUGGAGAAGAUGAGCAGGUGUGCUGCGAGGCUUUGGAAGUGAUGACCCUGUGUUUUGCCCUCAUGCCUACGGCUCUCGACACGCUCAGUAAGGAGAAGGCUUGGCAGACCUUCAUCAUAGACUUGUUGCUACACUGCCACAGCAAGUCUGUGCGUCAGAUGGCCCAAGAGCAGUUUUUCCUAAUGGCGACUAGGUGCUGCAUGGGGCAUCGGCCUCUUCUUUUCUUCAUCACCCUCCUCUUCACAGUGCUCGGGAGCACAGCCAAAGAGCGAGCCAAACACGCAGGGGACUACUUCACGUUGCUCCGACAUCUGCUUAACUACGCCUACAACAGUAACAUCAACCUGCCAAACGCCGAGGUGCUGCUCAACAACGAGAUCGACUGGCUCAAACGAAUACGGGAUGAGGUUAAGAGGACAGGAGAAACUGGUGUGGAAGAAACCAUCUUGGAGGGCCACCUCGGUGUCACCAAAGAGCUUCUGGCCUUCCAGACGCCUGAAAAGAAAUACUACAUUGGCUGUGAGAAGGGAGGAGCAAAUCUCAUUAAGGAGCUGAUCGACGACUUCAUCUUCCCAGCAUCUAAUGUUUACCUGCAGUACAUGAAGAGUGGGGAGUUCCCCACAGAGCAGGCCAUCCCAGUGUGUAGCACUCCUGCAUCCAUCAACGCCGGCUUCGAGCUUCUGGUGGCGCUAGCAGUCGGCUGCGUCCGCAACCUCAAACAAAUAGUUGACACCCUAACGGACAUGUACUACCUGGGUUGCGAGACACUGACAGAGUGGGAGUACCUGCCUCCCGUGGGACCACGCCCUAACAAAGGCUUUGUUGGCCUGAAGAACGCCGGUGCUACUUGCUAUAUGAACUCUGUUAUCCAGCAGCUUUACAUGAUCCCUCCAAUCCGCAACGGCAUCUUGGCGAUCGAGGGCACAGGCACCGACGUGGACGAUGACAUGUCUGGUGACGAGAAGCAGGAAAAUGAGAGUAAUGUAGACCCUCGUGAUGAAGUUUUCAGCUACCACCACCAGUUUGAUGACAAACCCUCCAGUAAAUCAGAGGACAGGAAAGAGUACAACAUCGGGGUGCUGCGUCACCUACAGGUCAUCUUCGGUCACCUGGCUGCAUCCAGACUGCAGUACUACGUCCCAAGAGGCUUCUGGAAACAGUUCAGAUUAUGGGGGGAGCCAGUAAAUUUGAGGGAGCAGCAUGACGCUUUGGAGUUCUUCAACUCUUUGGUGGACAGUUUGGAUGAAGCUCUGAAAGCUUUAGGUCACCCUCCGAUGCUCAGCAAGGUGCUGGGAGGGUCCUUUGCUGACCAAAAGAUUUGUCAAGGGUGUCCCCAUAGAUACGAGUGUGAGGAGUCGUUUACAACAUUAAACGUGGACAUUAGAAACCACCAGAACUUGUUGGACUCGAUGGAGCAAUAUGUUAAAGGAGAUCUGCUUGAAGGAGCCAAUGCCUACCACUGUGAGAAAUGCAAUAAGAAGGUGGACACAGUGAAGCGUCUACUGAUCAAGAAGCUGCCGCCUGUCCUGGCCAUCCAGCUGAAGCGCUUCGACUACGACUGGGAGAGGGAGUGCGCCAUCAAGUUUAACGACUACUUUGAGUUCCCGCGGGAGCUGGACAUGGAGCCGUAUACGGUAGCAGGCGUGGCCAAGCUGGAGGGCGACGACGUGAACCCGGAGAACCAGGUGAUCCAACAGAACGAGCCGUCCGAACCCACGCCGCCGGGCAGUUCCAAGUACCGCCUGGUGGGAGUGCUGGUUCACUCGGGCCAGGCGAGCGGCGGACACUACUACUCCUACAUAAUCCAGCGGAACGGGGGCGACGGCGAGAAGAACCGCUGGUAUAAGUUCGAUGACGGCGACGUGACGGAAUGCAAGAUGGACGACGAGGAGGAGAUGAAGAACCAGUGCUUCGGGGGAGAGUACAUGGGCGAGGUGUUCGACCACAUGAUGAAGCGGAUGUCGUAUCGGAGGCAGAAGCGAUGGUGGAACGCCUACAUCCUGUUCUACGAGCGUAUGGACUCGCUGGACAAGGACAGUGAACUUGUCAAAUAUAUCUCAGAGCUGAACCUGUCCUCCACCAAGCCCCAUCAGGUCAAGAUGCCGAGCGUCAUCGAGUGCAGCGUUCGCAAGCAGAACGUCCAGUUCAUGCACAACCGAAUGCAAUACAGCCUGGAAUAUUUCCAGUUCAUUAAGAAACUUCUGACCUGUAACAGUGUCUAUUUAAACCCUCCUCCAGGACAAGACCACCUUCUGCCAGAGGCAGAGGAGAUUGCUAUGAUCAGUGCUCAGCUGGCUGCUCGGUUCCUCUUCAGCACAGGUUUUCACACAAAGAAAUUAGUACGGGGUCCUGCCAGUGACUGGUAUGACGCCCUCUGCAUCCUGCUGAGACACAGUAAGAAUGUACGCUAUUGGUUUGCACACAAUGUUCUCUUUGCUUACCCCAAUCGCUUCUCCGAGUACUUGCUCGAGUGCCCGAGCGCAGAGGUUCGUGGGGCGUUUUCCAAGCUCAUAGUCUUCAUCGCUCACUUUUCCCUGCAAGACGGACCGUGCCCCUCACCCACAGCUUCGCCAGGAUCCUCCACUCAGGGCUGUGAUAAUCUCAGCCUUAGUGACCAUCUGUUGAGAGCUGUACUCAACCUGCUCAGAAGAGAGGUUUCUGAACAUGGCCGCCACCUCCAGCAGUACUUUAACCUCUUUGUCAUGUAUGCCAAUCUGGGUCUGGCAGAGAAGACUCAGCUACUGAAGCUAAAUGUUCCCGCCACGUUCAUGUUAGUUGCUCUGGACGAGGGUCCAGGGCCUCCCAUUAAGUACCAGUAUGCUGAGCUGGGCAAGCUCUACACUGUGGUCUCCCAGCUUGUCCGCUGCUGCGACGUCUCCUCCCGUAUGCAGUCCUCAAUUAAUGGUAAUCCUCCUCUUCCUAACCCGUACGGGGACACCAACCUGACGGCUCCUGUCAUGCCGGUGCAGCAGCUAGUGGCAGAGAUUUUGUUUGUGCGGACUAGUUAUGUGAAGAAGAUCAUUGAGGACUGCAGCAACUCGGAGGAGACGGUGAAGCUGCUUCGCUUCUGCUGCUGGGAAAACCCUCAAUUUUCCUCCACUGUGCUCAGUGAACUGCUCUGGCAGGUGGCAUAUUCCUACACCUAUGAGCUGAGGCCUUACCUUGACUUGUUGCUACAAAUCUUACUCAUUGAGGACUCCUGGCAAACACACAGGAUCCACAAUGUGCUGAAAGGCAUCCCUGAUGACAGAGAUGGGCUAUUUGACACCAUUCAGCGCUCGAAAAACCACUACCAGAAACGGGCCUAUCAGUGCAUCAAGUGCAUGGUGGCCCUCUUUAGCAACUGCUCUGUGGCAUAUCAGAUCCUGCAGAGCAAUGGUGACUUGAAGCGAAAGUGGACAUGGGCAGUGGAGUGGUUGGGGGACGAGUUGGAGAGGCGGCCAUACACGGGAAACCCCCAGUACACAUACAACAACUGGUCCCCUCCAGUUCAGAGCAACGAGACCUCCAAUGGAUAUUUUCUUGAGCGCUCCCACAGUGCACGCAUGACACUGGCCAAGGCUUGUGAACUCUGUCCUGAAGAGCUCAAGUGUACUCAGGAAAGCCCAGGGAAGGAGCCAGAUGAACAGGAAGCACCUGAUGAUCAAGACUCGUCUCCACCUGAGGACACCUCUCUGUACCCUCAUUCUCCUGGAACCACCCAGUUCCAGCAGAACAACCACCCCCAUGGGCAGCCGUACACCGGGCCCGCUGCUCAGCACAUGAACAACCCUCAGCGUCCCGGCCCAGCGUCCGCCCCGACUCCAGGCCCGACCCAGACUCCGACCCCGGGCCCCGGUACUGCUCCCAGCUCGGGCCCGCGAGCACAAGAGACCUGGGAUGGCACCGAGGAGGUGGCCCCAGCCCCGGCCCCAGCCCCAGCCCCGGCCCUGGCCCCGGCCCCGGUCCCAGCUUCGGCCCCAGCCUCAACCUCGACCUCCACCCCAGCACCCGCCCCUCCCAAGGAGUAACCUCGCCUCCCUCUCUCUUCUGCUGUGCCUCGAGCCUCCGUCGUUCCGCUCACCUUCCUCUCAUCCUUCGGUCAACAGUCUCUCUCUCUCUCUCAUUCUCUCUCUCGCCGGCCCCAAGGCAGGGCAGAGCCGGGCCUCUCGCCAGCCCCAGCCUGUUGGGGACGCUCUUCC